AAGAACGGCAUUAAAAAGAGGAUGUAAAUAAAAAGAUAAUAUAAAUGUCUUGCUAUUUUGAUUAUUUUAGUGAAUAUAAAAAAUUUUAAUUUACUUAACAUAAAUCUCAAUUAUAAAUAUCUUAAGAUCCACUAAAAAAAUAAUGUUUUUAAUUACUUAAGGAAACUUUUGGAAAUAUAAAAUUGAACAUAAACAACUGAAGCUUAAAUGAAAAUAUGAGUGAUCACGAAAAUGUUAAAAGACCAUCAAAUGGAGGAAUAUUAUUUCAAUAUACAGCUGCAAUUUGUGCAUCUUUAACAAUGGCGGGUACAGCAACCUGUAUAGCAUGGUCAACAUCAGCGAUUCCAUAUCUAAGGAGUGAAAACUCAAAUAUCCAAAUUACCGAAUUGCAAGGAUCUCUAAUUGCAUCAUUAAAUUAUAUUGGAAUGAUUAUUGGCUUUGCAUUGUGUCCAUUUCUAAUGGAUCGUAUAGGCAGAAAAUUGAGUCUUCUGUUAGUUGGCCUCUCUCAAAUUAUCGGCUGGCUAUUGAUCAAUCAAUCACAAUCGGUGCAUGGGCUCUAUAUUGCUCGAAUAAUAUCAGGAAUCAGUGAUUUCAGUUUCAUCGUUUCAAUGAUUUACACUGGCGAGAUUGCCGAUAAAAAAAUACGUGGCACACUCUCUUCAAUUCAAAUUCUCUCCUUUUCCCUCGGCAUUUUCUACAUGAUAACAAUUGGCGCAUUUCUUUCAUACGAAACUGUGAAUAAACUGGGGCUUCUCAUUCCAGCAAUUUUCCUCAUUACAUUUGUAUUCAUGCCAGAGACUCCAUAUUAUUUAUUGAUCCGUGGACGUGAUGAGGAGGCAAUGAAGACACUUAUGAAAUUAAAAAAUACGGAGAAUAAAGAGGAGAUAAUACUUGAUUUGGAAAGAAUUAAGAGAGCAGUUAUUGAGAGUCGGGAAAAUUGUAAAAGUAGCUUUAAGGAACUGUACAGCACAGCAGGAAGUCGACGAAGCUUUCUCGCUUUAUUAUUUCUCAAAGUGACUAAACAACUUUCGGGAAUAACAGCAAUUGUCGUUUAUGGUCAAGAGAUACUUGAUCAAUCAGGAUUUUCCAUCGAAUCAAAAUAUUUGAUAGUGAUUCUCUGUGCGGGAAAAGUGUUCGCCGGUGUGAUAGCAACGAGUCUCAUCGAUAUACUCGGAAGGAAAAUAAUUCUUUUAUUCUCGGCGCUAGGAACUUGCCUGGCAUUAACUAUUGUUGGUGCAUUUUUUUUUCUCCACAAUUAUCUGAAAAUUGAUGUCAUCGCAUUUAAUUGGUUGCCAUUUGUGGGAUUAAUGAUACACGUGAUAACAUUUAAUAUUGGACUCGCUCACGUACCUGCGGUAUUUGUCGGUGAAGUGUUUUCCAUUAAAAUCAAAGUUCUCGCCGCUUCAUUUGCCCUAAUUGCGGAGGCAUUCGUUGGAUUUAUCGUCAUUAUUGGCUUCAUACCAAUGACAAAAACUAUUGGAAUUUAUGGAACUUUGUGGUUCUUCGCUGUCAUGUGCCUCGUGGGUCCAAUUGUGAGUAUUAUGAUAGUUCCCGAAACAAAAGGCAAAUAUUUGGAGGACAUUCAAAUUCAAAUUCAAAGAAGAACUUCAAGACAUGCUAUGAAGCCAUUGUUAUUCAAAUAAUCUGUAAAUAUAAUUUCUAAAGUUAAUUUUUAAACAUUUUUCAGUUAAUAGAAAGAAAAAUUCCUCUAAAAUUGUAA